AUGGAAUAUAUGAUGGGUAAUAAGAGGGAGAAUAGAAAUAGGAGGGAGGAAGUAGGUGUGCAUGUAGAAGAUGGAGGUAGAGUUGGAAGGGAAAUUUGGGUAGAACCUAGGAUGGAGGAGCAAGAGGAGUUGAAUUGGUAUGAUGAUGAGUUUGAGGAAGUGUUUGAAUAUGGCAACCACCACUUUAAUGGUAGGAGGUUUCAGCCACCAAGGGGGAGAGGUGUUAAAUGUAGGAGAGGAGGAAGACAACUUAGAUUUGAUGACUAUGGUGAGAGAGAGAUGCACCAUGAGAGGGUUGAUGCCAAUGUGGGAAGCAUAAAGUUGAAAAUACCUCCUUUUCAUGGCAAGGAGGAUGUCGAAGCCUAUAUUGAAUGGGAGAGGCAGAUUGAUAUGAUUUUUGAGUGCCACAAUUAUAGUGAGGAGAAAAAAGUUAAGUUGGCAGCAGUUGAGUUUAAAGAUUAUGCAUUAGUUUGGUGGGAUCAAUUACUUGUAAGGAGGAGAAGAUAUGGCUUAAGGGGUGUUACUACUUGGGUCGAAAUGAAGGAGAUCUUGAGGGAAAGGUAUGUGCCUCCACACUAUGGAAGAGAGGAGGAGUAUUACAAAGCCAUGCAAAUUGCUAUGAUUAGGGCUGAAGUAGAGGAGGAUGAAGAGGCCACCAUGGUUCAGUUCUUGAAUGGGUUGAAUCCCGAUAUUGCUUAUAUGGUUGACUUGCAAAAUUAUAGAACGAUAGAACAAAUGAUGCAAGUAGCCAUCAAAACAGAAAAGGAGAUGAAGAGGAAACGAGCUGCCAAAAGUAAAUGGAACACUCAAUCAUCAUACAAUUCGGCUUCCAAUGCACCAUGGAAACCGAAUUGGAGUGGAACACCUAAAGUGGAAAAAGAUGUGCCAAAAGUGAAGAAUGAGGAGUGGAAAGGAAAAAGGAAGAUGGAAGGAAAAGUAGAAGAGAAAAAUAAGAAAGUGGAAAAUAGAGCAAGGGAUGUGAAGUGCUUCAAGUGUUUGGGAAGGGGGCAUUAUUCUAAUGAGUGUCCAAACAGGAGAGUGAUGUUUAUUAGAGAAGAUGGAGAAUGGGAGAGCAGUGAAGAAAAGGCUGAAGAGAGUGCUAGUAAUCAUAGUGAUGAUAAGCAUCUUGAUGACGGAGAGCAAGCUCCUAUGGAUGGUAAUGUCCUUAUCACUAUGCGCACCUUAAGUGCACAAGUCAGUUUGGGUGAUGGAGAUGAGGUGCAAAGGGACAAUAUUUUCCAUACUAGAUAUUUGGUGAAUGAGAAACUAUGUAGUGUGAUUGUGGAUAGUGGUAGUUGCUGCAAUGUUGCUAUUAGCUUAUUGGUUAUAGUGCCUUUUAGCAUUGAGAAGUACCAUGAUGAGGUAGUUUAUGAUGUGGUGCCUAUGGUAGCUACCCAUUUGUUGUUGGGCCGUCCAUGGGAAUUUGAUAGAAGUGUGGUUCAUAAUGGGAAAAAGAAUAAGUUUGCCACCAAUUCGGGGAUAGAACACCAAAUUGACCUCAUUUUGGGUGCUCCAAUUCCAAACAGACCAGCAUAUAGGAGUAAUCCUGAGGAGACAAAAGAACUACAAAGGCAAGUGGAGGAACUUUUGGCAAAGGGCUAUGUGCGUGAAAGUAUAAGUCCAUGUGCGGUUCCAGUGCUCCUUGUACCAAAGAAGGAUUGGACAUUCAGAAUCUGUGUAGAUUGUCGUGCUAUCAACAAAAUCAAGGUAAAGUAUCGACAUCCCAUUCCUCGAUUGGAUCAUAUGCUUGAUGAGUUAUUUGGUGCAUGGUUGUUUAUAAAGAUUGACUUGAAAAGCGGUUACCAUCAUAUUAGAAUGAAAGAGGGGGAUGAAUGGAAAACCACAUUCAAGAUAAAAUAUGGGUUGUAUGAAUGGAUGGUUAUGCCAUUUGGGUUAACCAAUGCACCUAGUACUUUCAUGAGGUUAAUGAACCAUGUGCUUAGACAAUUCAUUGGCAGAUUUGAGGUAGUUUAUUUUGAUGACAUCUUGAUCUAUAGCAAAAACAUAGAUGAGCAUUUGCAUUAUUUGAGAUAUGUGUUUGAUGUGUUGAGAUCUGAAAAACUAUAUGCUAAUAUGAAGAAGUGUUCUAUUUGCUUAGAUAGAGUUGUCUUUCUUAGUUAUGUUGUGAGUAGCAAAGGUGUGGAAGUAGAUGAGCAAAAGGUCAUAGCCUUUAGGGAUUGGCCAACUCCUAAAAAUGCAUAUGAGGUUAGGAGUUUUCAUGGAUUGGCUAGUUUUUAUAAGAGAUUUGUGCCUAAUUUUAGUACUAUUACUGCUCCUUUGAUUGAACUUGUGAAAAAGGAUGUUGUGUUUGAAUGGAAAAAGAAGCAUGAAAAUGCAUUUGCUGAAUUGAAAGAAAAAUUAUGCACUGCACCAUUGUUGAGCUUACCUGAUUUUGAUAAAAUGUUUGAAAUUGAAUGUGAUGCUAGUGGUGUAGGUAUAGGUGCGAUUCUGAUGCAAGAGAAAUGCCCUAUUGCAUAUUUUAGUGAGAAAUUGAAUGGUGCUGCCUUGAAUUACUCUACUUAUGACAAAGAAUUGUAUGCACUUGUUAGGGCCUUAGAAACUUGGCAACAUUAUUUGCGGCCUAAAGAGUUUGUCAUACAUUCUGAUCAUGAAUCAUUGAAGCAUCUUAAGAAUCAAAAUAAGUUGAGUAAAAGGAGGUACUCACUUUUGUCUACACUUAAUGUAAAGUUGCUUGGGUUUGAAUUCAUGAAAGAUUUGUAUGCUAAUGAUGAUAACUUUGCUGGUUUGUAUGAUCUUGUAUAUGGAUAUAAUCCACUCACACCACUAGACUUGCUACCAUUGCCUAUUGAUCAUAUUGAUAGUCUAGAUGGUAAGAAAAAGGCUGAAUUGGUUAAGAAAUUACAUGAGCAAGCUAGGGUACACAUUGAAAAGAAAAAUGCACAAUAUGUUUCUCAUGCUAACAAAGGCCACAAGAUACUUGUUUUUGAGCCAGGUGACUUAGUGUGGGUAUAUUUUAGGAAGGAACGGUUUCCAAACCAACGAAAAUCGAAACUGCAUCCAAGUUGUGAUGGUCCAUUCAAAGUGUUAGAGCGUAUCAACAAUAACGCCUACAAAAUUGAACUGCCAGGGGGGAAAGAUGAGGAGUCACUACCACCGGAGCCACUUCCAUUGUUCAAGGGUCCAAUUACAAGAGCAAGGGCAAGGGAGUUGCAAAGCUUGGAGGAAAAUCAAGAAGCUGACGAUUUCGCUAAAGCAGUGGCAGUAGGCGAGCAACAUCUCACAACCGAUCCCCUUAAACAUAAUAACAAUGCCAAUAGUGAAUAG